GGGGAUCCGUAUUGGCCUGCGUUUCGGGGUGUACUUCGGCAAUUUCCGUCACCACUCGGCUGUGGAUUCACCGCCGACGACGGUGGAAUGCGGUUGCGGGAGCCAGUUGGCAUUUGCCGGCCAGAGGCGGCGGAGAUGUACGCACCGAGCCGGGGGACCACCGCGGCCGCUCGGUGUCCGAGUUGACAGGGCGGUUUUGCGGGGAGAAGGGGACUGUCGUCACUCCUCAAUUCCCUUCCUAGGAAAAGAAUUCCUUGAGGAAAAGAGAGGGGGCGGAAUGAGAGCCUCGGAGGAGCGAGCCUCCAGCAUCAUGGAGACGCGCAUUGCAGACACCGACCGGCGGAGGACCACGACGGCAACUUUUCGGAUCUAUAUCAUCCACCUGCUGUAAAACGUCGCACUUGUGAGGUUCUCUCCCAGAGAGAGAUUUGCUUGGGGAAUGAAAUCUCAUUUAAAAAAAGCAUCCUGAGAAUCGUUACCUACGACUCAAUUCAUAACAAGGCGGCCGAGAGACCCGACAGCAGCAAAAAUGUUUUACGGUUCUUCAUCUGGGGCAAGCAUGUCCUUGCCCUCCAAGAGCCGGCUGAAGCGCCAGAGCAGAACUUUUACGCAGGUCCUGUACCGCACGCUGAGCUACCGUGACCGCGUCCCAGCCGAAGCGGGAACGAACACGCGCAGCGACCGGCGCUCGACGACCGAGCCGCCAGAGCGACCGGAGGAUGACCCGGCAGAGCUCUCCACCCAAAGUUCAGCGCCGGGCGUCCUGAAGAUCUUCGGCGAUGAGAUCUGCGCAGGCGCCAACUACAAGAGCGUCCUGGCGACGCCCCGCUCCAGCGCUCAGGAGCUGGUCAAAGAGGCUCUGGAACGCUACUCGCUCAACAAGGAAUCCGCCCACUCGUACGUCCUCUGCGACGUGAUCGGCCGCCUCGAGGGGGUCGGCGGCGUGUGGCGGACCGAGUGUCUCAGGGCGCUUGGCGACAACGAGAAGCCGCUCCUGUUGCAGGAGUUGUGGAAGCCGCGAGAGGGACACGCGCGACGCUUUGAGCUGCGCAGGAGAGCUGAGGUGGACGAACUCAACGCCAAAGAGAAGGACACCAUCACGGCCGACAUCAACGCUCAAGCCCGCAAGCUGCAAAGGAACCGAGCCAAGGGGGCUCUGACCUUGCCCCGCGCCAGCAACUCCUCCCUGUGUCGUAGCCUCAGCGAGACCAGCCUCAACCAGUUGGCGGUGGGAGAGGAGCCCAAACGCUACUACUCCACUCUUCCCGGGCCCUACCGGGGCCGAGAGGCGGCGUCCGCCGGGCGCCGCAAGGAGGAGGGUGUGCGUCACUCUCUCUACCAGUCGCCGCAUCUUCUGCUGCUUCAGGGGUACAACAAACAGGACUGCCUGGUGUACCUGUUAAACCGCGACCAGCACACGGUGGGCCAGGAGACGCCGUCCGCUCGCCCCAACAUCUGUCUGUUCUCGCCCGACGUCCUGCCGCUUCAUUGCCGCUUGCGCCGCCUGCCCCCCCCGCGCCACCACUCCAAGGCGGAUGAGCUGGAGCCCGACGGCCAGCAGCAGCGCUCGUCCUGCGUGGCGGUGGAACCCGUCCACAACGCCACUGUGUUGGUCAACUUUUCCCGCUGCGAGCGCUCAACCACGCUGCGCCACGGUGACCUGCUCUCCUUUGGGGCGCACUAUAUCUUCCUGUACAAGGACCCCACAGGCGCCAAGCCUCUUCCCGCUCAGACCCUGGCACGCCUCCGCAGCCUGGGCCAGGUCUACGACGGCGGGGCGGAGGAGGGCGGCACGUGCAAGGUGUGCGGGUCGGCGCUCAAAGACAGGGCGGCCGCCGCGGCGGGCGCGACGACGGCGCCGCGGAGCUUCAGGCCACACCCCGUCAAACCUCGGGGUGGUGGGACGGCGGAUGGAGGAAGAGGAGGCCAGAAGAGGAAGCUGCAAUUGGAGUUUGAGCCCACUCACGAAGACCAGCUGCUCAACCGCAUCAUGUCCCUCAUUGAACCUGGUGGAGACGACCACAAGCUGACCCCGGCGUACCUUUUGUGUCUGUGCAUACAACACUCGGCCUCCACAUUCCCGCCGGGAAGCUUCGGAAAACUGCUGCUGAAGAUCGUCCGUCGGAUCCAGACGGUGGCCUGGGAGAAGACAAAGGAGUUAGCCCAGAAGCAAGCUCAGCACCAGGACCCCGCAUCGCUAUCGCUGCUCAGUAUCUCGGACCUGAUCCCGGACUUGCAGACCAUCUUCUUCUGGAUGUCCAACUCCAUCGAAAUCCUGUACUUCAUUCAGCAGAGGGCGCCGUCAUACACGCACAAUAUGGAGACGCUGCAAGGUUCUAAGGAGUCCCUGCUGUCGGCGACCAUUUCUGCCAACGAGGAGGCCAUGAGUAUCCUGGAGGAGGUCAUCAUGUACACGUUCCAGCAGUGCGUCUACUACAUCACGAAGGCUCUUUACGUGGUGCUUCCGGGUCUGCUGGACUGUAAUCCGUUCCCGUUGGACAGCACGGAGCCGUGCUGGAAAGGAGGGGCCGGAUUCCCAGAGCCCGUACGCAGGGUCCUCCAGGUUUUCCAGAGCACCCAAGAUCUGCUGCAGGGCUACCAGGUCCACUCGGAGAUCCAAGCGCAGAUGUUCGCCUACCUCUUCUUCUUCUCCAACGUGUCGCUCUUCAACCAGCUGAUGGACAAAGGUCCAUCUCGUGGCUGGUUCCAGCGUUCCAAAGUUCUGCAGAUGCAGGCCUGUCUGCGGAUGGUGUCGGAAUGGGCCCGCAAGUCGGCCUUGGGACAUCUGGCGGACAAAUUCUUCAUCAAACUCAACAGUGCCAUCUCCAUCCUCACUACACCUCCGCAGCAGCUCACACAGAUGAGCUGGCGAGUGUUGUCCGGCGAGCACUCGGCCCUGAAGCCGGUGCAGCUGCACAGGAUUCUAACCCAGUACCAGAUCACUGCAGAAACCGGACCCGUGGCUGCAUGGCAGCCCGGCAGUGAGGAUGAGGCCUACGUCUACCGCACAGUGGACCUCUUGGAGAGCUUCGAGAACCACCCUCCCAUCGUUCUGCCCAGCGGCGGCUUUGGCGUGGACCUGGACGGUGAAUGUGUGGAGGACAGCGUCUACCGACAGCUGCUCUACGUACGACACUUCUUGUGGGGCCUGCGCGCCAAGAUGCAUGCUAACGCUAACACCACCUAUGCUAACGGCAACAACAACAACGCCGCUGAUGUUCAGAGGGAGUUGGUGCCCCCGCCCUUAGCGCACGAUAGUCCCCGCUCAACCCCCGGUGACGGUGCGGAAGAAAACGGGCGCAGCCAAGGACCACACAGUCUCCGAAGGAACGGGGGUGGUGUCCAUCACCACCACCAUAAUCAUCAUCCUCAUCAUCAUCAGCAGCAGCAGCAGCAUGCCAUGCCAGGGUACCCCGAGGGAGGGGUCGGUGGCGGCGGGCCAGCCCUGCAGAUGAACGGAUGCGGCAAGAAGACCAACGGACUUAUUGCUAAUGGCAUGGAAGGCUUUGUUAAUAGUGGGUGUGAGUUCCCCUUCCCCGUGUCCUCUUCCCCCGGCGCCCCCCCUCUCCCUGAUGACAUGUGUGUGGUGUUUGUAGUGGAACUGGACAAAGGACCGUACGGACUCGGCAUGGGACUCAUCGAUGGCCUGCACACGCCGCUCAACGCCCCGGGCAUCUACAUCCGCACGCUGAUCCCCGAGGGGCCGGCGGCGUCCGAUGGCCGGCUGAGGAUCGGCGAUCGAAUCCUGGCCGUCAACGGGACCAGUCUGAUAGGAGCCGACUACCAGAGUGCGGUGGAUCUGAUCCGCUUGGGAGGAGGUCGCCUCCGCUUCCUGGUGGCCAAGUCGGACCCGGAAGUUUCUGAAAAGAUCAGCGCGUCGUCCUGUUGACGGACGGACGGACGGACCCACGGACCCGGCAGAUAUCCGGUGUGGAAACUUAGCGGCAUAUAUAUAAUCGUUUACAUGCUGGUGCGUAUGUAAAUAAUGUUUGAAAAGAACCCAUCGCUUGCCGAUUGGUCAGUUGGCUGAAUCUCCGCCUACUUUGUUGGUGAUCAUCAACGCGAUGACGCCGCUGACACUUGAACUUUUGAUUCCAUUUUUAUUAUUCGGAUCCCAGCACAUUUUUUUUUUAUAGGCAUGUGUAUCCUGAUGAAAACGGACUAACUAGCGCCCCCUGGACAGUCAUUUAAAAACAGCUGCCCCUGACACCAGUUCCGCCAAUCGAUCGAAAUUUAGGUGGACGCAUCAUCCAUGACAGGACGCACGAAGACGUCUGAAGGACCCGUCCCCAAAGUUGAAGCGGAACUCUGCCAUGUUGGUUUGAAGCAGCCAUUUUGGGUGUAUUAACUCCAUGGCAACCACUCGAUGGGUGGGGGGGAUCUGCAAUGUCAAUCAUGUCAGGAUAACCCUAACCCCAAUUUGUGUCCCAACCAAAAUCACAUCUCCUUGACACAUGGAAUAUGCUAAAUUGACAAGAUGUAUUUUGUUUUCUUUGGUCUACGCUUUUUAAUGUGAGUCGAGCAUGGCAUCAAAGUUUUAUGACUAUUAUGAGGCUUUGCCGUUAAUGAGGCCCCAUCCAUUGUUGUUGGAGCUUUAAUUAUUAUUAUUAUUAUGGUUGUAGUAAAAAAAAAAGUUUUUUUACAUGAUAAAACAUUUCAACGUGUUCAGAAUGUUCCCUCACUUUUUUUUUUAACACCCUUUUCAU